AUGGACGCGCCACCCUCAAUUUCAUCGGCGAUUGUACGGAACUUUGAUCAGCAACAACCUCCACUCAAUGAACCUUACCAGUUCGAAGAAACCCAGUACAAUACUCCAUCAAUCUCAGAUAUACGAUCCAUGGAAGAUCAAUCACAGUCGUCUGAGUAUAAUCAGUUGCUUCAAGCCAUGAAUAUCGAUCGUUCGACACCUCAAGCUGACGAUGUUGUUCAACCAGUCUCGAUUGGGGAUAUGGCGAUAGGAAGACAAGAGAUCUCGAUCAAGCAUCAUCAGUUUCCAGAUCAGCGUAGUGACAUCUUUGACAAUAGCGAACAAGCGCCAUCGAUUGGAUAUAUGGUACGCGAGGGCGAAAUUUCAAACGCCGCCGGAGGUAAUAUUCCUUACGAUGCACCUCCGUCACGUACCGACGUAGCUCACCGAGAUGCGUCACAUACCGAUGAAUCAAGUGGUGGGGAGGUUGUUGACGAUGAUGAGAGUUUAACAAAGCGCAAUUUUGGGAAAUUUUAUACGAUGGAGUUCCCCAAGGAAGAAGCAUAA